GCCAGAGGGGAGACCACAUGCCGCCUGAGUCAAGGUGAGGACCCCGAGGGAGAACGGAGGGAUCCUGCACCCGGGACAGCGUUGCACCUUGGAGACCAUAGGGCAAGGGAGGUGAGGACCUUGGUGUGAGAGGACGGGUCAGAUCAUCUGAAGGAACCACGCCUUGGCAACAGAGAGAAGAGUCCCGGGUCCUCCCAGGAGUCAAGAUGAGUGAGCUCCGCCAGGCUGUGGAAGACCUUCAGGACCCAAGAGACGCCCAGGGCCUGGUGGAUGUGCAGCAGCUGGAGGCUGAGCAGGAGGGGGCCGCAUCCCCCCGGUCCUCCUCGUCCUCCUCCUCCUCCUCCUCCUCCUCCGUCUCCUCUUCCUACUCUGCCGGUGCCGAGUCCCUGCGCCAAGGGGCAGAGCUUUCAAUGAUGGCUGACCUGGUGAGCUUCCUGCUCCUCAAGUAUCGCAGGAAGCAGCCGACCACCAGGGCAGAAAUGCUGAGUAUCCUCAGAGCAUACCAGCACCACUUCCCUGUGGUCUUCAGCCAGGCCUCUGAGUGCAUGCAGCUGGUCUUUGGGGUGGAUGUGAAGGAGGUGGACCCCAAGGAGCACUUGUACAUCCUGGUCCCCACCCUGGGCCUCACCUGUGAUGGGAUGCAGGGUGAUGAGCGGAGCAUGCCCAAGAACGGCCUCCUGGUGAUACUUCUGGGUGUCAUCGUCCUGGGGGGAGAGGGGGCGCCUGAGGAGGAGGUGUGGGGAGCACUCGGUGUCAUGGGGGUGUAUCCUGGGAGGGAGCACUUCAUCUAUGGGGAGCCCAGGGAGCUCAUCACCAAAGCGUGGGUGCAGGAGGGGUACCUGGAGUACCGGCAGGUGGCCGACAGCGAUCCCGCUCGCCACGAGUUCCUGUGGGGGCCCCGGGCCCACGCGGAGACCAGCAAGUUGCAAGUCCUGGAGCAUUUGUUUAGACUCAACAGUAAGGGUCCCAUUUCCUUCCCGUCCCUGUCUGAGGAGGCCGUGAGCAAUGAGGAAGAGGGGGCCUGA